GUGUGUAAUGGUGUGUGUGUUCUCCACCAGGUCUUUAAGACUCGUCGUGUCGGUCUGUGUGACCAUGAGCAACUAGCCUGUGACCUGGACAGAGCUCUCUCCCUGUCCGUACUCAGUACCAGCGCCGGACGCCCUCUGACCCGGCGGGAGGAUGGAGGGUGAUCCCCUCGUCUGGAGGGAAACAGAAGGUUGGAGGUCAGAGGAAGACGGUUUCUCCUCCUCUUCCUCACUCCUCCUCUCAACGCUCCAGCUACGACUACAACUCUGACUCUGAAGAGGAUGUCCGCCGGGGGGGCUGUCACCCCUUCUCAGGGUUGCGACCCCACACAACCCCGCCCAGGAAGAGACCGUCCCCCUCCUCGUCCAAUCAGGCGGCUCGGGAGAGGAAACAGAAGCACUUAUCCCUCCUGCUGCAGGAGGCUGGGCUUAGCUCCUCCGACGACUCCUUCGAUCAAGAGUCCUCCACUGAGGAGGACGAUGAUGAGGAAGAGUCGUCGUGCUCUGAGGGGAGUGAGCUGGAGGAGAGUGGGUUGGGCCUGCUGGCCAGGUUCGCAGCCAGCGCCCUCCCGGUCAACCCCGUCCCCCUGCCCCGUCUCCACGACAACAAACACCGUAGCAGGCAAAGCAUUCUGGGUUCUGGUUCUGGUUCUGACCUGUGUCUGAGGAAGUUCCCCUCUCUGCUCCACGGGAAACGCUCCACUCCCGAACUCCCCAUGUUACCCCCGGCAACGCGCCACGGCGACCACACGAGCAACGAGACCUCGCCGGUUAAACGCAAGCCUCGCCCAUCUCCUCGGUCGCCCCGGAGAUUCACCUUUGACCCCGCCGGGGGACUAGGGGGAGGGGCUAGCGAGGAGGAGGGAUGGACACGCAGACGCAGCGAGAGGAUUUUCCUUCAUGAUGCCUCCACCAAUCAGAUCUCUCCCUCCAGUAAAGACCCUCCAAUCAGCACUAAACCCGCCCCCAGACCUAAAACCACACCCAGGGACGGGAAAGACUGGAAGAAGAAGAGGCUGAAGGACUCUCCCCUGACCCCGCCCUCUCUGUCUAGUCCAAUCACAGAGAGCCCGGUAGCCCCAACCCUCAGCCCUGCACGCAAGAGCCAAUCAAAAGCCAAGGCUAAACCCCGAGAGGCUCGUGGAGCGGUCAGUAGGCUGAUGAAGAGUAUGGAGGCUGAUGAAGACUUCGAACCCAGUCAGGACAGCAGCUUCUCUGAAGACGAUGGUCCUCCUCCGUCACACAGCAGUCUGGCUGAGAGGACCCUGUCUGCUCCGGUCCAGUGUGUGUUGGAUAAAGACUCUCUUCAGGAUGGUCUGAGGGUUCUGAUCCCCAUGGAUGAUCAGCUGCUGUAUGCUGGACACGUCAACACGGUACACUCCCCGGACAUUUACAGCGUGGUGGUGGAGGGGGAGAGAGGGAACAGACCUCAUAUCUACUGUCUAGAACAACUCCUGCAGGAGGCUAUUGUGGAUGUGAUGCCUCCAUCAGUCUGGUAUCUUCCUGAAGGCUGUCGUGUUGCUGCAUACUGGAGCCAGCAGUACCACUGUCUCUACCCCGGCACCGUAGUCAACGGAAGUUCAGACGGUGAUGACAGUGAUGACCUCAUCACGGUGGAGUUUGAUGACGGUGACACGGGUCGCAUCCCCCUCUCCCACAUCAGACUGCUGCCGCCUGACUACAAGAUACAGUGUGCUGAGCCCUCCCCCGCGCUGCUAGUGGCCAGCUGCUCCAGGAGGCGUGUCAGGAAGUGCAGCAAGGACACCAGUGAGACGACGCCUAAAACAGGGGACUCCGCCCCCAAGGGCAGAGGGAGACCUGCCAAGAAACCCAAACCCAAACCUGAGCCCCCAGUGAGCCCAGACCCCCGGGAGACGAUACCCCCCCCGGGACCCAGCCAGGCUCCAGACAGACCUCAGCUCCCCACCAGACCAGCCCAGGACAGGCCCUCCUCCUCCCAGAGGCCUGCUCAGGAAAGACCCCUGUCUGCCCCCAGGCCGGGACCAGGCCGACCCUCCAAGCCCACCAGCACACCCAGCCUGCCUGCCACCCCACGCAGCCAGAACCCUAGGAGACCCAGCCCAGCCUCUCCCAAGCCCCCCUCCCUCUACCACCCAGCUCCUUAUGGGAAGAUACUAAGGGUGGACCUGUACAGCCAACCCAACCUCACCUCUUGUAACGUCAGCACCCAACCGAACCCUAAAACCAACCCUAAGUCCAAACUCUCCCCUCCACUACUUAAACCCAACUCUACUUCCCCUAUCAUCAGACCCAAGCCUCUUCUACCUAACCCUAAAACUAACCCUAAGUCCAAACUCUCCCCUCCACUACUUAAACCCAACUCUACUUCCCCUAUCAUCAGACCCAAGCCUCUUCUACCUAACCCUAAAACUAACCUUACCUCCGUACCAAAAUCCAAACCUAGACCUAACUCUACAGCAGAACUCCCAGAAGUCCCUGCAGCUAACUUUAGUCCUGAUCACAACAUACCCAGAACCGCUCCCAAAGCAAUCUCCAGACCCAAACAGAACCAUAACAAACCCAGGCUCACCCUGGAUCCUUCUACCAGGCCCAGAACCAGCCCUGGGUCCAGCUCCAGUACCUCCAAACCUAGAACCAGCCCCGGGCCCAGCUCCAGCACCUCUAAAACCAGAACCAGCCCUGGGCCCAGCUCCAGUACCUCUAAACCCAGAACCAGCCCUGGGUCCAGCUCUAGUACCUCUAAACCCAGCCCCGGGCCCAGCUCCAGUACCUCUAAACCCAGAACCAGCCCUCUGCCCAGCUCCAGUACCUCUAAACCCAGACCCAGCUCAGACCUCUCUGCUGUCAGAUCCAGACCGGACCCUAGCACCUUUAUUCCAGGUAUCUCCAGACCCAGGCAUGUCCCGGGGAGGGCGGGGUGGGAGGGCAGGGCGGGGUGCGACAUGGGCACCAAGAAGACCAAGGCUCUGAUGCUGCUGGAGGCCAGGGGCUUACGGCAAGACCACACACCCCUCUCCACGGCCGCAGCCAGCCAGAAGCCGGCGAGGGUAAAGGGGAGGGCUCCGGAGAGCGAAGCGGGGCUGCUGGAGGCCAAGGGCUUACGGCAAGAACACACACCCCUCGCCACGGCCGCAGCCAGCCAGAAGCCGGCGAGGGUAAAGGGGAGGGCUCCGGAGAGCGAGGUGGGGCUGCUGGAGGCCAAGGGCUUACGGCAAGAACACACACCCCUCGCCACGGCCGCAGCCAGCCAGAAGCCGGCGAGGACCCCACAGGAGGAGGUGGAGGAAGAGAAGGAGGAAGAGGAAGAAACUAAGAAGUUGAAAAAGGCGGAAGAGGAAGAGGAGGAAGAAGUAUUAGAAGAAGAUCAAUCUCCCUCCUCUCCUCCCUCGUCUAUCUCCCCAUCCACCAAGCCAGCCAGGCCCCGGGGUCGUCCAGCCCGGCAGAAGUCCCAGGGUGGUGUGGGGUCGGUGGGCAGACCACGGCGCAGGGAGGGGGCCCACCUCCCCACCACCAAGGAGCUGGCUAAGAGACAGCGAUUACCGAGCGUAGAGAACAGACCCAAGAUCUCUGCCUUCCUGCCUGCCAGACAGCUCUGGAAGUGGUUUGGGAAUCCCACACAGAGGCGUGGUAUGAAAGGGAAGGCUAAGAAGCUGUUCUACAAGGCCAUCGUGCGGGGGAGAGAGAUGAUUGGUAUCGGGGACUGCGCCGUGUUCCUUUCGGCCGGCCGACCCAACCUGCCCUUCAUAGGGAAGAUCCAGAGCAUGUGGGAGAGCUGGGGAUCCAACAUGGUGGUCAGAGUCAACUGGUUUUAUCACCCGGAAGAGACCAACCCUGGCAAGAAACUACACGACAAGAAGAACUGGGAUCAGAUGUCUGGUCAGUCUCUUCCUUCAUCUCUGCUCUCCUCUAAUCAGAGGAAAGACUUCAUGGAGCGGGCUCUGUACCAGUCGUCCCACAGCGAUGAGAACGACGUUCAGACAGUCAGUCACAAGUGUCUAGUGGUCAGCGUGUCGGAGUACGAAACCAUGACUCUGACGCGUCGCUACGCCGACAGCCAAGACCUGUACUACCUGGCCGGGACAUACGAACCCACCACGGGUAUGAUCUACAACACGGACGGAGUCCCCAUCAUCUGAUGAACGACACGCUAACGACACGCUAACGACACCAGACCCUGACCUUGACCCGACCAACGCCAAGGUCGAUCCGGUCAACUCAUAACGUUUGAUCCAACGAACGAAGACCACCUGAGAGAGACUACAGACCGUAUUCAACGAACGAAGACCACCUGAGAGAGACCA